CAAAAAUCCCAAGGAAUCUUUCUCUCUCUCUCUCUAUAUUUUUAUAAGUGCACAAAGUGAAAGCGAUGAAGAAAACCCAAAUUAUCUGUUCGAUUUUCUUGGUUUUCUCCUUUGUUGCAGCUACUAUAUCAAUGGCGGAUUCACAAGCAUCCACAGAAGCAAAAGUGUAUAUAGUUCAUACUGAGAAUCCUGAGGAUGAGGAACCUGAGGAAUUCCAUAUCAAAAUUUUAGCUUCCGUUCUUGGCAGUGAGGAUGCUGCAAAGGAAGCUUUGAUUUACAGUUACAAGCAUGCAGCUAGUGGGUUCUCUGCCAAGCUGACUCCUGAGCAAGUUUCUGAGCUUAAAAGUAAGUUUUUAUGGGUCAUCCUGUUUAAGUAAUCCUAUUUUUCUUUUUACAACUAUGUUGGCCGAUUAUACUUCUCAAAAUCAGUUAUGGUUAUGGAGUAUAUGAAUACACCAUUAUGAUAUCUCAAAGUAGUUUGCAGAGAGCUUCUCUCGUGUUUUGCAUAGAACUUGCACAGAGUUUCUCCUCUGUAUGUUGGGAUGUUUGACACCAUCUCACAUUGCAGGAGCCUGUUUAAUGACAAGAUACAUGUUCGUUUUUUC